CUGGACAAGGCAAUUAAUCUGGCACGAGCUCUGCAGCCGGCGAAACCUCUGCAUGGGUAUUCUGCCUAAGGGAACCAGGGCGCUUUUUUUUGAUACCAUCAUGUUCUAUUUGUAGAUUAGAUGUAGCAUGUACGCUAAUAUAUUAUGAUCUUUACGAGACAGAUUUUGUUUUGCGACUCUCAUUGCGGUGCCGUAUCCGCCAUUUGAGGUAUACAAUGCUCGACUACCGGCGUUGGGCACAUGCACAGAAACAAGGGACAAGGAGACGCAUGCAAGUGCAUAGACCAAUUAAUAGACACUACUCGGUAUGUGUUUUGGGAGAAGUACAUAAGCCACUUGUUUCUUGCGUUUAUGCAGGGAGUCAAUUCCCAACAUGCAAGGUUGUGUUUCACAAGGACAUGAUUGAGUGUGUAAUGGUAGUGUGUGGGAGGGGAUAAAAAGAAAGGCCAUUGGCAUCACACAAUUCGAUAUGACGUGGGGGCAAAAAGGUAUCAUUCGAAGCAGCGCAUG